AUGAUUCCUAAAACCCUCUCCCUCACCUCCUUCUCCACAUCCCUCCUUCCUCACCAUUUCAAAACCCUGAAAUUCUGCAAUUCGAGUCGAACCAUAAUCAUUUGCAAACCCAUUAAUUCACAGUCCCAACAACAAAAUCCACCACCAUCUCAAACCCAAUUAUCAGUCUCUGCACCUGAAUCACAAGGAACCGGAGCUGCCGCCCCGACCCGAGGCGAUAUCUUCCUUGAACGACAACAAUACUUAGCAGCUUCAGCUCUCGUUCUUGAGAAAAAGAAGAAGAAGAAGAAGAAAGAGAAAAUCAAUGGUUCCUUGAAACCUACUUCGACAUCAACUUACAGCUGUUACGGGUGUGGAGCCCCGUUGCAGAUUUCAGAAUUGGAUGCCCCGGGUUAUGUUGACCCGGAAACAUAUGAACUGAAGAAGAAACAUCGUCAGCUUAGAACAGUUCUUUGUGGGAGGUGCCGCCUGUUAUCUCAUGGGCAUAUGGUCACCGCGGUGGGCGGAAAUGGAGGUUACGCCGGUGGAAAACAGUUUGUUACUGCGGAGGAGCUUAGAGAAAAGUUACGCCAUUUACGCCAUGAAAAGGCUUUGAUUGUAAAACUGGUUGAUAUAGUGGAUUUCAAUGGCAGCUUUUUGGCUCAUGUACGUGAUCUUGCUGGAGCAAAUCCAAUUAUAUUAGUUGUGACUAAGGUUGAUCUUCUUCCAAAAGGGACAGAUUUUAAUUGUGUUGGUGAUUGGGUUGUGGAAGCCACCAUGAAAAAGAAGCUUAAUGUUUUAAGUGUCCACAUGACAAGUUCAAAGUCAUUGGUUGGACUUGCUGGAGUUAUCUCUGAAAUUCAGAAGGAAAAGAAGGGGCGGGAUGUGUACAUUCUGGGAGCAGCUAAUGUGGGGAAAUCUGCAUUUAUCAAUGCAUUAUUGAAGAUGCUUUCAAAUAAAGAUCCGGUUGCUGCAAUGGCAAGAAAAUAUAAACCAAUACAAUCUGCUGUUCCUGGAACCACAGUUGGUCCAAUUCCAAUUAACGCUUUCCUUGGAGGAGGGAAAUUAUAUGACACACCUGGAGUUCAUCUCCAUCAUAGGCAAGCUGCUGUGAUUCAUUCACAAGAUCUACCUGCUCUUGCUCCCAGGAGUCGACUCAGAGGUCAAUCAUUUACAAAACAGGUAGUCUUGGAUCAAUGGGUAAGUGAGAAAAUGGAGUUUAACGACUUAACUGGUUUUUCCAUAUUUUGGGGAGGCCUCGUUCGAAUCGAUAUUUUGAAGGUCCUUCCGGAAACAUGUUUAACAUUUUAUGGACCCAAAGCCCUAAAGCUUCAAAUUCUACCCACAAAUAAAGCAGAACAAUUCUACAAGAAAGAAGUAGGAGUUGCUUUAACACCACCAAGUGGAGAACAAGUAGCAACUUGGACAGGACUCGAGACUAUUCGCCAAUUACAAAUAAGAUUCGAUGACACACAAAGACCUGCUUGUGAUGUGGCAAUCUCGGGUCUUGGGUGGAUAACAGUUGAACCAGUUGGUCUUGGUCAAAUGGUCAAAGAAGUGGGGUCAAAUUUAGUGGAAGAAAAGGAUAUGGAGAUAUCAUUAGAUGUUCAUGUUCCUAAACCUGUUGAGAUUUUUGUCCGGGCCCCACUUCCGGUUGGUAAGGUGGGAGGAGAAUGGUAUCAGUACAGAGAUUUGACAGAAAAAGAAGAAGAAACCAGACCCAAGUGGCACUUUUAA